AUGCUUAAAUUAAAAUUGGUGGUAGUUUUCCUUAGUUCGUUAAUUAAUUUACUAUAUGCCGAUUUACGUUAUGAUUUUAUUAAAGUACAUCCAUAUUUAAAUUAUGGUGAAGAGGUAUACCCAAAAGAAUGUUUCGCUAUCUUAAACUCUUUCUCUGACUCUGCAUCGAACUUUACAUUUUGUUCCUUAAUCAAUGCACGGCCAAUAAGAUUUUGUGAAAAUUGUGUUCAGCACUAUGUCACUUUCCACGAUAAGUUUAAAGAAUUGCAAACUACUGUUGUGAAUGGGACAUCUUGUGGGUCUAUCUUCAUGUCCCAAGACAGACUGAAUGUUAUACAGCAGUACCAUGAUAGUAUGUUAAGUGUUUGGACCAAAGGAAACUGUAAUGAUUGUUUUGAAUGGUCCAAUAAAACUGCAACCAUAAGGAACAGUACAACAAAAUUCUUUAAACUAUUUAAUGCAACAAUGGAUUGUAUUCUAACUAAUAUGGAUUCUGAUAAGCAUAUUGUAUGUGAAAAGUGCAUGCAGAUUUAUGUGCAACUGGACGAGUUCUAUAAAACUUUAAGCAAGGAUAAAAUAGGUGUAGACUGUGUCUGUAUGGAUAUUGUAGAUUCUAUGAAUACAACUAGAUCGAUUUGGAGUAAAACCUUAAAUUGCUGUAACCUAAGAAGAACGCCAGAAGUUGUAUUUUUAUUAUGCACUGCACUUAUAGCGUUUCUGCCUAUAUUAUUUUAUUUGACAGUUAGAUUUUGUGGACCAAUAAAAGAUCUACCAAAUGUCUUAAAACAAUCAAGAUUCAAGCAAUCCAUUUUAAGGACAAUUAAUAGCAGAAGAAGCAGUUAA